CACGUAGCAGCUUCCUGGCAGCAGCUUGUGUUACUCUCCGUCUCUGACACUCACAAUCAGUAGCCUGUAUGUAGAACCACGUAGCAGCAGCAGCAGCAGCAGCUUUUGGAUUUUAACCACCAUCCUCCUCCUCAUCAUCACCUCCUGCAGCUCGAAGCUUCAAUGGAUCUCUUUGAAUUCGACUUUUUCAGAGACUGGGAGCUUGAACAACCAUGUCAUCUGGAGUCAGAGCGCAGCGUCCUGAAGAGGAGGGAGUGGGAGAGGAGGAAUCAGGAGGUCCAACAGGAUGAAGACCUGUUCUCUACUGGAUUCAACCUGUUUGGAGAACCCUACAAAACUAAUAAAGGUGAUGCGUUGGCCAGUCGUGUCCAGAACACACUGGGCUCCUAUGAAGAGAUGAAGGACCUGUUAACCAGCCACUCCAACCAGAGCCACUUGGUGGGAAUCCCCAAAGGCAGCGCUGCCAACAACAACCUGCAGCAAACCCCGACCACUUCCACCACGGAGAGACCCGCCAUGGAGCCCAGCCAGCUGUUCAACGAAGCCCUGAGAGGAGGAACUUCUGGUGGAGGAGGAGCAGCAGAGGGAGGUGGGGACAAGAGGACGGCACCCUCUUCAUCUUCAGCUUCAAUGCAACCACCCGCUUCGGCCACGUCUUCGUCAAACGCCACGACGGUCUCACAUCAGAAAAAGUCGCGGAGCUCCAUGGACUGGUCGAAGGGAGGCCACGGACAGAACGCCCAGGCAACAGGCCUCGUCCUGGGGUUGGGACAGAACGGACAGGGGCAGGUGGCAGCAGCAGCAGCAGCUACAAGCAGCAGAGGGAAGAUGUCUUUAUUAGAGGAGCAGCAAAUGCAAAGGCACGAAGAGCUGUUUAGCUCACUGAAAGAUGAACUUGGUCUAAAGGAAGAUUCAAGCCCUUCUUCCUCCUCUUCAUCCUCUUCCUCCUCCUCUUCUUCUAGGAGACACUCCUCCCAUCCAUCUAAAACCCAUCCUCUCCCAGAUGGUGCCAAUUUUCGAUCUGCUACCGUCGACGGGAGCCACUUUAAGUCUUCCACUAACACAGAAAAUGGUGGACAUUUUAAAUCCUCCCCGUUUGAAAAUGAAACAGGUUCUCACCUCUCAACGUCAUCCUCGCCACUGGCUUCCACGUCGGUCCUGACGACACCCACUCCAGGUCUGACCACGCCCACGUCCGGACUGACCACGCCCACCUUCCCACCUGGGAGCCUGUCAGGGAAGCCGAUCGCCGUGCAGCAGAAGCCCACAGCGUACGUUCGACCAAUGGACGGACAGGACCAGGCGCCCAGCGACUCCCCCCAGCUGAAGCCCCCUCUAGUGGCCACAGAGGGAUUUAGCAGCAGUCAGUCUUACGGAGGAAACUCUGGAAAUGUGAAGAACAAGCUGCCAAAGCUGAGUCUCAGCCACACGGGAGAGGUCAGCCUCCCAAAUGACUCCAGCUGUGUUGAAGAGAUUUUGCGGGAGAUGACCCAUUCCUGGCCUCCUCCGCUCACAGCCAUUCACACUCCUGGGAAAGCUGAUCAGACCAAGUUUCCAAUCCCAAACAAGGAGUCACAGCAUGUGACCUCAGGCUACAACACCCAGAAGCGAUGUACUGUAUCAGCUAACAAGCCUGCUGCUAAACCACCAACAGCACCGCAGAAGUCAAUGUUGGAGGAUGACCUGAAGAUCAGCAGCGAUGAGGAAGAGGCCGAACAACAGGUGUCUGACAAGCCCAAAGCCAGAGGCACAGCUCUAAGUGGUGCAUCGGGGAGCAGCAGUGAAUCAGAGAGCAGCUCAGAGUCUGACACCGACGAGUCAGAAAGCAGCUCCAGCGACAGCGAGUAUAAUCAGGCCUCCCGCACAAACACUCCAGAGCCGGAGCCUCCAUCUACUAACAAAUGGCAGCUGGACAGUUGGUUGAAUAAAGUCCAAGCUCAAACCAAACCCUUGGUUCCCCCACAGCAAGAGCAUCAUGGCACAGGCUCCAUCAACCAAGCUCAGGAGACUUUCUCUCCAGGGAGUGAAGCACCAGCAGUGGGUUCGGCUGCCAAGACCAAACCCUGUGGAAGCAGCAACACACCGGUUCCAGCUGCACCUACAGUCGAGCACAAGGAUACCAGGGCGACCUUCUGCCCAGGCAGAGAGAAGGCCAAGGCCAAGCUCAGCCAGAAGGCCUCAGGGGAGGGUCAGAGGUCGAAGAUGAGGCUGUCGCCGGGCCUGUUGUCAGGGCCAGAGGUCACGACCCCGAGGAGGAACACCACAGGGAAGAAACAGCCCAGACGGACGGAGAGGUCAAACAGUGUGGAGGAUAAUCAGAACCAGACAUGGAGCCGGACAAACCAGCACAGCCCUGCAGCCAGGGACAAGGACCUGUUGCCUCCCCCCUCCCUGGAGCACCAGAACCCUGCAAGGCCACGAAGCAAACCCCCCAGUGGGAAAACAGCCCCGAGAAAGGAACCUCGCAGUGCUACCAACACAAACAACAACACAGUCGCUCCACCGGCAGCACUACAGCAAACCCCGGUGCCAGUACCUGCUGUCAGCGUAAACCAGGAUAAAAGGAAACACAGAGGUCCCAGUACCAGGAUCACGCCCAAGUCCAGAGAAUUUAUCGAAACAGAUUCCUCCUCCUCUUCGUCAGAAUGCCAGUCGGACACCGAGGAAGCCAUCAAAAUCCCGACACUGCCGCCUCAGCCGACACGCUCCGCGAUUAACACGCAAACUCUGUCCAACACGCACAUCCACACGCCUCUGCUCCCAUGUCUUGGCUCUGCCGGCAGUGUGGGGAGUCUGGGAACAUUUGGAGGGAAAGGACUCCGAGUCAAAGAUGGUAGCAAUGUGACCACUAAUGGUAGCAGCAGUAGUAAUAGUAGCAUCAGCAGCGGCAGUAAUGGCAGCAGUAGCAGCUGUAACUCCCUCAGCAUCAGCAACAUAAGUGGUUCGUUUGGUACGUCUGUUCCCGAUCCUGGAGGGUUAGGAGGGCAGAGUAAAGACCUGGAGUCCAUGUCGCCACCUUCCAAUGUGGGACACGAGGUGCCUCUUUCCCCCUUAAGGGAAUAUCAGGAGAUCCAGAGUUUAUGGGUGAAAAUCGACCUGAGUUUGCUCAGCAGGGUUCCUGGUCAGGGGCUGGGGGAGAGACCUAGGGUGGGCAUUACAGAAAGAGAUGGAAGUGAAGGGAGAGAGAGGGAGAGGAUAGGUGUGGCAGAGAGAGAAAGACAGAAACAGGAGGACAGAGACUGGCCAGGCCUGAGAGAGAGACAGAAACUGACAAAAGGGGAGAGACAGGAGGAAGAAAAUGAGCGAUUAGUGCAGGACAGAGAGAGGCAAGGUGACAGAGACAGAUUAGCAGAGAGGGAGAGGCAGACGGAUAGAGAGGACAGGGAGAGAUUCGGACUCGGGGAGAGGACGGCGGCGAGGGACAGGGAGAAGAUAUGCCAAGGUCUGGGGGUCCUGGACAACCCCCCUGUGCAGGAGCAGAGUAAUCCCAGGCUGACCGGGAGGACGGAGAGAGGAGAAAACGGAGGUAAACACAGGAGGCAGGCAGCUGCAAACAUGGUGGUUCCAACAGAGAAACACAACAGCAAGAGCAAGAGGAAACACAAGUCGGACCACGGAGAGUCUUCGGUCAACGGCAAUAAGAAGCUGCGACUGGACAAAGACUGUCUGCUUCUCCCACCCUGCAUCUCACCGAUACACAACCACAAGAACAGCUCAGCAGACAGCUCUAUAAACAGGAAGCAGUCUCGACGACGUGAUGAGAAGCUGCUCCCGCCCCUCCUGUCCCCCCUCUCUGAUGAUCCCCCUCGGAAACGAAGCUGCGACGGCGGUUCCUCUCUCAGCCAGGAGGGCGGCGCCGCCGGGAUGCUGCCCUGCCCCGCCUCCUCAACUUCCACCUCCUCUUCCUCCUCACACAGACACAGGAGAGGUGAAGGAAAGGCGUCAUCGCACGUGAGAAACGGCAACGAAAUAGAUUCCCACGGCGAGAAGCCCUGCGGAGACGGUUACCAUGCCAACGGCCAUUCAGACUCAGAGGCGUGGUCGGAACCGCUGAUGGAUCCCGCAGAACCUCGCAGGCCGAGACUGUUGUUCAGUGACACAGUCCACAGCGCCGAUUUCUACAUGCAGGAGGCCAAGAGACUGAAGCACAAGGCUGAUGCUUUGAUGGACAAAUUUGGUAAAGCGGUGAACUACGCAGACGGAGCUCUCUCCUUCAUCGAGUGUGGAAACGCCAUGGAGCGAGAUCCACUGGAGGCCAAAUCACCGUAUACGAUGUACUCUGAGACUGUGGAGCUAAUCAGGUACGCCAUGAGGUUGAAGAACUUCACCAGCCAUUCAGCCACCGUCUCUGAAAAGAAGCUCGCUGUGUUGUGUAACCGCUGUCUGUCUCUGCUGUAUCUGAGGAUGUUCCAUCUGAAGAAAGACCACGCUGUCAAGUACUCGCGGUCGCUCAUGGAGUACUUCAAGAAUUCAGCCAAGACUUCCCACCAAGCCCCGUCUCCGUGGAGGACCAAUGGGAAAGUCAACGGGACUCCAUCUCCCCUCUCUCUCAGCCCGUCUCCAGCCAGCAGUGGAGGAGGAGGAGCAGGAGGAGGAUCCGGGGGAGCACCGGGGUCAGCGGGCAGCGUGGCGAUCCCCCAGAGGAUCCACCACAUGGCCGCCAGUCACGUUAACAUCACCAACAACAUCCUGCGGAGCUAUGAACACUGGGAGACGGCUGACCGGCUGGCCACCGACAGCCAAGGCUUCUUCCAGGAGCUGGACUCGGUGAUGGAGCCGUUGAGUCAGCAGAGCAGCAUGACGGAGCUGGUCCGCUACAUCAGGCAAGGACUGCACUGGCUCCGCAUAGAGGCUCACCUGCUGUAAAGACUGGACCGGAGCCAACAUUUUCAAAAGAGAAAUGGGCCUGGGAGCUAGAACUGGGAUAACGAGUGAGAUGAGACUCUGGACGAUGCUUCGGUUCCCACUGGGAUCCUUCAAAUGACCCGACGCCACGCAUGGUAAUGUAAUGGCAAACACUGUGUGGAUAAAUUGGACUGAAAUUCACCAGCAAUUAGGACUGAGCAGUAAAUAAGUUUGGGAAUUUCAGCUGGGAAUCGCAAAAUACAAAUUAGCGUAUUAAAAAUCUGGCUGAUGCUGCUUGUUUUGGAGCAACAGUUUGUCAGUGCUGGUAGCUUUAAAUGCUGAAGGGACAAUACUGUGCUCCAAACCAUCCUGUGUCCCUGAAUAGAAAUGUAAAAAGGUUUUACUAAGAUGGGAUCAUUUUCAACAAGAUAAGUGAGAGGCUGCUGUGAUUAAGGAGGUUGAAUGUAGGGAAAGAGCUCAACUGAGGCUCAUCUCCUUCAGCAGUGGACCAGAAAUGUGUCAGUGAUUGGGACUAGAAUUAAAGCCUCGGGCUGCUAUUGAUCCGAGUGGAAAAGUACCGGUCCAAUCCAUUAGAUAAGGACCAUACUAGUAAAGGAAAGAGGCUCGGCUCCAAACACAAGAGCUGAAUUAAUGGAGGUUGAAUCAGCCUUCUGCUUCUAUUUCAGUCCAUCUUCUGUCUUUAGAGACGAAGCCUCAGAAACAACCUACAACUAGAAGCUGCUGCGUGAAAAGAAUUAUGGCCAAAUCUGUCAAAUUUGACAUUUUUACAUUUAGAUUUGCUCCCUAACCUGAUGACCUUCCAGGUUACCAUCAGUUUAUUCAAAUACCUCACCUGACUCUUAAUGCAUUUUUCUUGGUCUUGUCUCAAUAUAAAUGAGUUUUAUUAUCAAUAAACGUAAGAAAUACAAAAUUUUGACAGCGCUUUAGAUUGUAUCCCACAGAUUACAAUGUAAAUAUACACUACUACUUAUGGGGUAGUAAUAAAGCACUUUUUUGGACACUUAUUCUGGAUCAAAUUUGUUACCAUAGAAGAAAAACACAAGAGGAUAAAGAAUAAGGAGAAACAAGUGUAUGGCAAAGAGCAAGAAAUAAAUGACACUGCACUUAUAUGCUAAGUUUAUAUUAAAUAAUGGUAGACAGUAAUGUUGUUACCGGGUAACAAGGCGGGAAACAUCCAAGAAACAGAGUAACAGUGUUUUACCUGCAAAUGGGAAUUAGUUUUGGCGAUCUUCCAAAGAUACUUCCGGCAGCACCAAAGAAAGAUCACCACAAUUAUAAGAAUUGAGAAUAAAAGUUAAUUGGAGUGUCUUUUACUGAAUAAUAUCACACUUUUUAUCAGUUUUCAAGGGUUCAUAAAUAACAAGAAAAUGCAUAGAUUUCUGUCAAAUAAGACAACACAGACACACUGCUUUUACUGAAUGGGGAGAAAUCAUGCUUGCUGUUGUGUGUAAUCACCCCCUAAAGGCCUGUUUGGAGCAGGAAAAAGCCUGUAACAGCACCGACGCUGCAAUGAAACUAGCUUUAGUUAGUUAGUUAGUUUAGUUUAGUAACAUGCACUGUAAAAAGUGGGUAAAUAUGGUGUUCAUUAUUAAUAUUAAAAGGAAAGUUGUGUCUUUAUAGCUACGGCUGUGAGAUACUUGUGUAUGUUUGCAAAGUUAAUAUAAAACGCUGGGGAGCAGUAAUGUUGUGGUAAACCACCUCAUGAUAAAAAAUGAUAUUAGAGAAAACCUGUAGUUUUAAUCCUUUAUAAGACAUAGCUGUUAAGACUUAAAGGCUACUGGUUAAUACGUAUUUACAGUGUCAUUUAUUUUCAGGUGCUUAUUCCCUUGUCAUUUGUGAUCUAAAGCAUUACCCAAUUUCCUUCUCUUUAUUUGAUGAUUGAAGCCAAAAUAGCAGCUAUCUGAGGCCUGGUCCACAUUAGGUUUAAUAAGAUCAUCUUUACUGUCACUGCACAAAGUACAAGCACUAAGACAACAAAAUGUAGUUUCCCAUCUAACCAGAGGAGAGCAUUAAAGUGUCUUAUAUACAGUGUGGGUAUACACAGGAUGAGCACAGUGGCUGUCAUGAGCAUGCCAAGCCAACAGGUGGCGACAUAACCCAAACCCUAAAGCCAUGUUGACCAAUCAAAGCCAUGUUGACCAACCAGAAGCCUGAAAAAAUCUAUUACACUUUCCAGUAGGCUAACCAAAGGCUGUUCUUUGCCGAAUAAUGUAUUGUUAUGAUGUGUAAUGUAAGAAUAAGGCCUUCAGAUAAAACGUCCCGUCAGCGCGGUUAGCAUCAGCACUGCUUUGGCCACCAUUACACAAAAGUGUCUCAUAUAAACAAAGAUAAUGGCACAAACUCUGACUCUCACAAGCUAAAACUCAGCCUUUCCUGUCUACACUGCAAAUGGAGUUUCCAAAUAUCUUAAACUUUUACAAAAUCUCCCUUUUCAGUGACCUAAAACUGUAUUUGCUUGUGGACAAAACACACAGAGCUACUUUUUAUAUAGUACCCAUGUACAUGUGGACAACGCCUGACUUUUCCUGAAAAGUACAGUCUAAAAGUAGCAUUACCAGUGUGACCAGACAUGUUGGUACCACUCUGGUCAGGACAUGGACCUGGACGUCUGUAAGAGUCAGAUGAGCUUUUUGUUUAAGUAGAACCUGGUCAGAAGAACAAGCAGUCAGCUUACUGGUCCCACAAACGAACCUUUUCUCAAGUCAAAUAAAGCACUUUUCUGGUUCUCCCCUUGCUGGUUAUGGGCUUUUGUGAAAUUCCACUCAGUUCUAGUUCCCAUAGUAACCCUCCCACUAAGGCGUCAAACACUUGCGGGGGGAAAAACUACAAGAUUCAGUAUGAUUUGGCUCUAAUUAAGCCCCCACCCACGUGCAGAGCAAGUAAACAGGGUGAAAAUCUCACGUCGGCUUUUCUGCCCUGAUGUCAAAAUAAAAUCUGCGACGUUGUACAGCACUUAAUGAGAUCAAAUCAACUGCUGGGCAUCUUAUAGUGGUUUCCCAACAUUUGUUGUGUUGUGUUGUUAGUGUGUAUACGUGUACAGCUGAUUGUCAAGUCUAUUUAAAUCAUUACCUGACUGAACAGUAACGAUGUUUGUGUACCAUAAUGUACAGACUGUGACUCCUGAAAACAGUGUUUGUUUUUGUUUUUUAGUGUCUUGUGAAUGAGUCAAUGUGAAUGAAUGAAGAAGUGAAGGAAGAAAAUAGGGAUCUAUAUAUGUGUGUGGGUGUGUGUGUGUGUGUGUGUGUGUGUGUGUGUGUGUGUGUGUGUGUGUGUGUGCGUGUCCAUGCACAGGCUAUGGCUGCAUUUACACAGCACCAAAAAUAGUGUGUUUUUAACUCUUUGUGGCGCAUUAAAACAAGAGUCUACACAGUUUCUAAGUGAAUUCUCUUUAAUCUUCCCAUGUGCUAUAAAGAUUUAAAAUCCCUUUAUUAACAUGGUCUCUGUAAAUCCAGCACAUCAAGCAUGAGCUUUUAAGUUUUGGAUCAUUUGACCAUCGCUGAAUGUGUAUGGAAGACAAUGCGGAUGUGAAAAGUAAUUUUCACUUUGACAAAAAGAAAAAAAAACAAGAAACUCAAGUGCCUCUAUUUGUGUCCGGUGGGAAUUGCUCUAUUUAUUUAAAAACAAAGAAUGAAUCUAAAUGAUUUUCCAUACCAUAUUGGUAUAAAUAUGAGAUUGUUUUUCGUAAAAUCAAAUGUUUCCAUAAGCUUUUUACUGGCGUUUAUGACGACACCAGGGUUUGGCUUUAAGAAAAAAAGACGUGUGAUUUAACGUGUCAAAUUUGCAUCAGUUGCUGUAUUUUCUUUUUUUAAUGAUUUGAGCAAGAAUGGGUUUGUCUGAAAUGCCUGAAAUUUUAAAGUCAUCGCAUGCAAUAAAUGAUAGCUUCAGACCAAGAACUACUUGUGCCCAUUUGGAAAAAGAAAAAAAAAAAACAGUCAAUGUACUUCCUGUUGCACAAGUCAUUUACAGUGUGAAUGUUUAACUUCACCUGGAAACAUGAAGCCGCUUUAAGUGAACAACACUGACAGGACGUGUCCACCAGAGUGAUUCUCCUGAGGCCAGCAGAUGUCUUUUAAUCAUUUGCACUUCCACUAUCUGCAUGUUGCUGUUUUCUAAAUCAUUUGCUUUGGGGAAACAACAACAAAAACCUCUGAGGAUCAAUGUACACAGUAAAAAUACCAAAUUUUGCUGAGCAUUUGGAUCAUGCAAUAAGGCAGAUCUGCUUGUUUAUUUGCUGAAGUGGCCAUUUUAAUUGCAGUGCUCGGCUCCCAGCAUCCAAAUGUGUCACCAAAUCAAUUCCCCAGUUACUAUUUUGACGGGGCUCCAUCACUGCAUCCUGGGCUUGGACUAUUGUAAUCGCUUUAAAGAAAUACAACGAGGCUUUAUCCUCCCUAUAGCAGAAUGAUAAUGAGAUACAGUCAGACUGUCGAAUGGUCAUAAUGGUCUGCAAAAUUUACAUUACACUAAAAAUGUCAGGAGAAUGCUAAUUUUUUGCAGUUAAAAUAGACUUUCCUCUCUACUUAGAUUCAAUACAUUUGACAAAAACUAUCUGCCGAUUUUUUUAACUACUUGCAGCACAUUAUUUCCACAAAUAUUGCAUAUUAUAGCAACCAAAGUGUCUCAGCUGAAAAAACAAACAAACAAACAAACAAAAAAAAACCUGCACAUCCAAAACGCUCAAAAGCACUACCAGCUGGUCAAAAACACACAUUGGUGGACACGUCUCUUAAAAACAACACAAACCCUUCAAUAAACAAUUGGAUAUUUUGGUAAUUACAUUAGUUCAGCUUAUUUCUCGCUGAGAGUAAGACACAGCGUUCAUGUUUGUACAUUAAAUAUGUAGCUAGAGCUAGCAGCUAGUCAGCUUAGCAUAGCGUAAAGGCUGGAAAUGCUGAAACAACUAGUUUGGCUCCAUCCAAAGGUAGCCAGAUGUGUCCUCCAACACUCACUAAUAAAACACAUUGUAUGUAGCUUGAUUAUUAUGUCCAAAAACAUAUAUAAAACGUGUAAAGGAAACGUGUGUUGGGAGUUACAGAUUGUUUCUUGUCUGGGCACAAUAAAUGUUUCUGUACAGCCUAAAUAAUAAUAAUAUAAUGUCUUAGUAAGUGGGCUUCUGGGAAGCUGGUCGUCACAUGUUGUUAACUUUGGACAGAACCAAGCUAGCUGUUUCCCAUUGUUUGUAGUCUUUAUGCUAAGCUAGGCUAAGUGGCUGCUCAUAGUGGACCUUUACAGCAGGGAUGGAGCCACACCUACACAUGAACUCAUAGAACAAUUUAAGUUGUCAACAACUGAAAAGCAUAAAUUGGAACACCUAUUAAAAGGACAGUGACCAAAAAAAAGUAACUAUUGACCUACAGCGAGCUCUGUCUAUUCACUACAGUACAGACAAUGUUGUUCUCUAACUCUCAGCCAGAAAGCAAACUUGUCAAACUAUUCUGUUAAAAUGGACUCAUGUUUCUUCAUCUGAACACCUGAAUAUGUUUACUAGUGACAUUUCUGGACAACAGUCCAAACUCCUUCCUGUUUGUUUUAUUUUUUUUUAACAAAAAUGCCUUUUAAAGAUGUUUUUUUUAAUUGUUUGAGGUCAUGAAGUCAAAUUAGGAAUGUCCCAAUGAGCCAAUGAAUUUCUGCGACAGCCAGCACACAAAACCCACAAUCUGUUUCUGUUUGACCUCAGUCAUCAGCAGUCAGUAGUUGAUCCACAGUGUUGCUCAGUCCAAUUCAAUGAUGUUUGGUGUUGUUUUGUUUUAUGGUGAAACAGUGAUGUUACUAUAUGGUUAUUGUUAAUUUCACUCAAUGGUCCCUUCUUUUGAUUAUAUGCAGCGGUAAAAUACUCAAUAAUAUGCUGUAAAAAGUCAAAAACAUUGCAUCGGUGACAUGGGAGACAUCAGUUUCAUUCCAUUAUUACGCCACAUGAUGGCUACAGUAAAUGUUGAAUUCAUGCAGCAGUUCAUUUAUAUGCAAUGUCAAUAUGUGGGUAUAUUCUGACACAUUUUGGAGACAGACUUCCUCAGCAUGGCCUGUUGUUCUGCUGGCAUCUUAUUAAAUAUCCCAUUAGCUCCUGUUGCAUUAUCACAGUUGUCAACUUGUUUAUCAAAGGCAGCAGUGACAGAGAAACAACAUCACUGCUGUUGUGAUUACAAUAGAGAGAUAAACAGACUGAUUUAUUUUUUGACAACAGAUGGAAGCAAGCCGAUAAUACACUGAUAAUCUCUCCAGUUGUGAUGAGUGUCUCAAAUAUUUGUUUGCAUUUCACAAAAUCACAGAUACACUUUGAUUGCUUUGGAACAGGCUAAUACAGUAAAUGAAUUAACAGUAUUUACAAGGAUAAUAAAGAGUUUGGUUUCUUUCUUUGAAAAUUCCUAUAAUCUAUCAGAAUGAUGCUUUUGUCUUGUUUUUUUCUCGUAUUCAAUUGUCCUCAGUUGUCGAAUCAGCGUCAUGCAACAGUGUUAGAAAUAUGAAAAUCUAUUCUCUAUCCAAUAAAUAACCAUUUGCUGAGGUCACUGGAAGCAGACAAUAAUACGCUCUCACUACCACACUGUUCGCUUGUAGAAAAUAAGUGCUAAAUGUUACAUAAUGUUUCUUAAUUUGUAUUUAUUUAUAUUUAACCAACAAGUCCCUUUCAAUUUGUUCCUGAGAAAACGAACUAGUGUUGUCGUAGAAUGCACCAAAUUGGUGAAUGAGCUCUGCAGCUAAAUUACUGUGGCUCUGUCUACAUGUAUUUGUUUGCAAAGCAAGUAAAAGGACGAGUUCAGCACUCUUGAUUUUGUGAAUGGAAGCUUGGAUGUGGAACCAGGAGGUAUUUAGCCUAGCUUAGCAUAAAGCUAAAAAGCCAGUAGAACCUCGGUGUCCGUACAUUACGUAUACAUGCAUAACAUGCCUGUGCUCAGCGCAAGGUCAUUUUGUUUGUGGCUACAUCUAUAUUAAAUGGUCACAUUCUAUGUUGCCGUGAUUUCUGAUCAUCAAUAACGAAUAAACAAAUGCUGCAUUUCUUAAAAAAUAAAAAUGCUGCAUUUCUGAUAAUACCAUUUGGGGGAAUGAACAGCCUUGGCGGAGUACUGCGCUCUCUGAGUGCUUUUCUUGUUAACUUUGUUCAAUGUGUAUUUUGUCUCUGUUUUGGCAAAUGAACUGCACUAAAAAUACAAGUAUAGGCAAAUAAAAAUCUUUAUAACUACACAGUAGUUAUACUACUGGAUUAUUCACAAUAUUAUCAAAUGAAGGGAAAUAGUGCUGUUUGCUUAUGUGCUGAAUCACAGUUUUGACACCCAUGUCUGUGCACAGUUAAGUUGUGACUCAUUUCUAAAGCUGUAUAAUAUUUUUUUCCUAGCAUUUUUCCUGUGAAAGCAAGUUUACAUACAUUAGUCAGAACUGAAAACACAAGCAACGAGGAGUUCAUUAAGUCCUAAAGUCUGGCUGCAACUCAGUUAUUUACAAAAAGAACAGCAUCAAAAGGAUUUUAUCAGUGCUGUCUCAGUGUUAUCAGUUAAAUGACCGAUAAUUAAGCAAUUUUUUAAAAAUAAAUAUGUUACAACUCGACUUAAAACCCCAACAAUUAUGAAGUCUAGCAUUAUUAGUGACGACUAAGGUAUAAAUAGGAGCUUCAAAUCAGUUUGAAGUUGUUUUAUUGUACUGUUGUAGCUGUUCCACAAAACAGAAGGAUAAUUUUCUGCCUUUCAUCCCUUAAUAGUUAACAUAUAAACUAGAGAAAAACACUAACUGGUCAUUUUUGUAUUGGCUCUCUUGCUUUUACACUUUAGAAAUGUUUGGAUUUUAAUGUUAUUAGCAAACUGCAAAUAUUUGCUUUCCUUACUUAGAGAAAAAUGAAAUGGCAAUACAGUUCAGGUACACACUCCUGCAGCUUCACAACUCUGAUCAUAUGUGUAAUAUUAACAUUAUGCCAACAUUUCAUUUUUAAAUAUCAUGCUACAUACAGACACCCCUGAAUUUGGAAAGCAAUUGUACAAGUGACCAGUACAAGUCAGUUAAAUAAACCUGAUACAGUUUGUUAAUUAGUGAGUUUAGCAGCAUUAACUGUCAGACUUUUAAACUUUGAACAGAACAAAAUUAACUUACUUCCAGUCUUAAUGCCAAGCUAAGCUACAAACCUCCUGGUUCUGGUUCCAUAUUUAACACUAUAUAUAUAUAUAAAAUAAUCCAGAAUGUUUCCUAGAAUGCGAAACUCUUCCUUUAAACCCGUUGUAGUAGAAAACCAACACUGCUUGUCCUACAGUGAAGUUGCUUCUCAUUUAAUCAUCAGAUAUCAGCUGUGUGUUCAUAAAAUUUGUCAACUUGCUCCCUAUUUUACAGUAAACAGCAAAAAAAAGCAGAAUUCUGCUUCCAACCAAUCAGUAAUAUCAUAUUCCUUUUGAAAUCACGUUAACUUCCACCACGAAGCGUUCACUGUCUCGUGUAUUUCUGUGAUUGCCACUUUGCUUCCCUCCUGCAGCAUUAAAUCAUGUGGGAAAUCAAAACAGACCGAGUGAAACCGACCAUUAAAAACAAGUUUCUUUAAGGUUAUCAGUGGUUCUGUUCCCUGCGGUGAAAAACUGCUGGUUGGAUUCUGCUCUGCAACUCUUAAUAAUGAAUCUUUAGAAGUGUGAGAUGUAGCAGUUUUUAGGCAUCAAACCAUAAUAGUGAAAUUGCUUGAGAUUCAUUGGUAUAAUUAUCCAAAAAACUGGGACUGUGGUAACAUCUUAUGACUUGUGGAGCCUCAGUAGUCCUCAGCAGGAGCAGAACCUUUUCCUGAUUAGUGCCAUAAAGCAUCCAGACUCGCGGUGUUCAUGGGGAUAGUCGGAUUUGGUUACAGCAAUUACACAAAAGAGUCCAAAUCUGUUUUUAUAAUGUUAAAAUGUUGGGCAGAACCUGUUGGGCAUCCAAAUAUGAUUCCAUUGACUCAUUUCAAGCCAGACUUUGGUGGUUUUGAGUACAGCAGCAACACAGUGCCUCUGAUCCAACUCAGACACAGCUGUCUCUGGAUCUGACGUACAUCACUGAGUAAACACAACAUUGUAAAGACAAACUAACACACCUGUCCAACAUGGGUUGCAUUGUAUUUUUAAACUGUGUUGCACAUCUUCAGCUGUUUUUCUGUUUCUAUCAGUGCGAUCUUUUGGCCUUUUCUAUUGUUCUUUUUAUAAUGAAGUUGUUCUAUGUGAUGAUCAGAAGUUGUGACACAGUUCCAUUGUUUUUAAAUAUUUAAUGUCUCUGAAAUAUGGAUUAAAAUCUGUUGGAAAUAGUGA